UUUGUAUUAGCGCGGUCGUUGGGGUCAUAAAUUGCUCAUAAAUUCGUCAUAAAUUUAGGUUCAGACUCCCUCACAUGUUUCUCAGUCAAUGCUAUUUAUCAUACGACGGUCCGAACCAUUAGUCUCGACGCGUCUGAACCGUGGUUUCAAAUCAGGGACACUGCAGUAAGUGUGACCCGCUUUCAAGAUGCAGUGAGGAAGAGGAGAAGAAGGGGGCACCUCGCGUUCAGCGCAGAGAGGGACAGAGAGACACUCACACGGGGAGAGAGAGAGAGAGAGUCAGUCAGUCCCACCGUGUGCUACAGGCAGAGCCGAGCGAGUCGAGUCUGGCUGCUUCAGACGAGACGCAGCCCCCGCGACGUCCCCAGCCGCUGCCGCAGGGUGAUGAGACUGAGGGAAAAGCAGAAGAGGAUCGAUGGACCUCCACAAUGAGCUGGUGGACAUGAUUCUAUGUUCAGCACCGGCGGCACAAUGUCGAAUAUGAUUUGCCUGACUGCCAUAAGCGUUUUGUACCUGCCCGUUUUGGUCUUCGAGGCAUUUGUGUCGUCCAAGGGCAAGUACGAGAGGUCGGCGGUGCCGAGCUCCGCCUCCCGCCUCGUGGCCAGGAUGGACGGGGACAUCAUCAUCGGAGCCCUCUUCUCCGUCCACCACCAGCCCUCGGCGGAGAAGGUGGCGGAGAGGAAGUGCGGGGAGGUCCGCGAGCAGUACGGCAUCCAGAGGGUGGAGGCCAUGUUCCACACCCUGGAUCGGAUUAACGCGGACAUGAACCUGUUGCCCAACAUCACCCUGGGCUGCGAGAUCCGGGACUCGUGCUGGCACUCCUCCGUGGCCCUGGAGCAGAGCAUCGAGUUCAUACGGGACUCGCUCAUCUCCAUCCGGGAGGACGGCAACGGCGCCCGGUGGUGCAUCGAGGGCUCAGCCUCCAGCCAGCCGCCACCGACCAAGAAGCCCAUCGCGGGCGUCAUCGGGCCCGGCUCCAGCUCGGUGGCGAUUCAGGUCCAAAACCUCCUGCAGCUCUUCAACAUCCCACAAAUCGCAUACUCGGCGACCAGCAUCGACCUCAGCGACAAGACCUUGUUCAAGUACUUCCUCCGGGUCGUGCCCUCAGACACGCUCCAAGCCAGAGCCCUGCUGGACAUCGUCAAACGGUACAACUGGACCUACGUGUCUGCUGUUCACACGGAGGGCAACUACGGCGAGAGCGGCAUGGAGGUGUUCAAGGAGCUGGCGUCGCAGGAGGGCCUCUGCGUCGCCCACUCCGACAAGAUCUACAGCAACGCCGGCGAGAAGCACUUCGACCGGCUGCUCCGGAAGCUGCGCGAGCGCCUGCCCAAGGCCCGCGUGGUGGUGUGCUUCUGCGAGGGCAUGACGGUGCGCGGGCUGCUCAUGGCCAUGAGGCGCCUCGGAGUGGCCGGGGAGUUCCUGCUAAUUGGCAGUGACGGCUGGGCCGACCGCGUGGAGGUGGUGGAGGGCUACGAGCAGGAGGCCGUGGGCGGCAUCACCGUCAAGCUGCACUCCGAGGAGGUCUCGUCCUUCGACGACUACUUCCUGAAGCUCCGGCUCAGCACCAACGCGCGCAACCCGUGGUUCCCCGAGUUCUGGCAGCACCGCUUCCAGUGCCGCCUGCCCGGACACCCGCAGGAGAACAGCCACUACGCACGCAACUGCUCAGAGGAUGAUGCUCUAGAACUCCAGGACGGUUAUGAAAGCCUGGAGGACAACUAUGUUCAGGACAGUAAGAUGGGCUUCGUGAUCAACGCCAUCUAUGCCAUGGCCCACGGUCUGCACGACAUGCACACCCACCUGUGCCCGGGCCACGUGGGGCUCUGUGACGCCAUGAAGCCCGUUGACGGGAGCCACUUGCUGGACUUCCUGCUCAAGACGUCCUUCAUGGGUGUUUCUGGAGAGGACAUAUGGUUCGAUGAGAACGGGGACUCACCUGGGAGGUAUGAGAUCAUGAACUUCCAGCAAGUGGAGCCCGGCGCGUACGACUACAUCAACAUUGGCUCCUGGCAUGAAGGCAUGCUGAGCCUGGACGACGACAUGACGCAGAUGAACCGCAGCGACAUGGUCCGGUCCGUGUGCAGCGAGCCCUGCUCCAAAGGGGAGAUCAAGGUGAUCAGGAAGGGGGAGGUGAGCUGCUGCUGGAUCUGCACGGCCUGCAAAGACAACGAGUACGUGCAGGACGAGUUCACGUGCAAGGCGUGCGACCUGGGCUGGUGGCCCGACAACGAGCUGGAGGGCUGUGAGCCAAUCCCCCUGUGCUACCUGGAGUGGAGCAAUCCAGAGUCCAUCAUCCAGGUGGUCUUCUCCUGUCUGGGCAUCCUGGUCACGUCCUUCGUAACCUUCAUCUUCGUCUUGUACCGGGACACCCCUGUGGUCAAGUCCUCCAGCCGCGAGCUCUGCUACAUCAUCCUGGCCGGGAUCUUCCUGGGCUACCUGUGCCCCUUCACCCUCAUCGCCCGGCCCACGGUGGCCUCCUGCUACCUCCAGAGGCUCCUCGUGGGCCUCUCGGCGGCCAUGUGCUAUUCGGCGCUGGUCACCAAGACCAACCGCAUCGCUCGCAUCCUGGCGGGCAGCAAGAAGAAGAUCUGCACCCGGAAACCGAGAUUCAUGAGCGCCUGGGCCCAGGUGGUCAUCGCCUUCAUCCUGAUCAGCGCCCAGCUCACCUUGGAAAUCACCCUCAUCGUCAUGGAGCCUCCUGAGCCCAUUAAAUCCUACCCCAGCAUCCGAGAGGUCUUCCUGAUCUGCAACACCAGCAAUCUCGGCGUCGUGGCACCGCUGGGCUACAACGGCCUGCUCAUCCUGAGCUGCACCUACUACGCCUUCAAGACGCGCAACGUGCCCGCCAACUUCAACGAGGCCAAGUACAUCGCCUUCACCAUGUACACCACCUGCAUCAUCUGGCUGGCCUUCGUGCCCAUCUACUUCGGCUCCAACUACAAGAUCAUUACCACGUCCUUCUCCGUGAGCCUCAGCGUCACCGUGGCGCUGGGCUGCAUGUUCACGCCCAAGAUGUACAUCAUCAUCGCCAAGCCGGAGCGCAACGUGCGCAGCGCCUUCACCACCUCGGACGCCGUGCGCAUGCACGUGGGCGACGGCAAGGUCGCCUGCCGCAGCAACAGCCUGCUCAACAUGUUCAAGAGGAAGAAGAACGCGGGGAACGGCAGUUCUAAUGGAAAGUCUGUGUCAUGGUCUGAACCAGGUGCAAGACAUCCUCCAAAAGGGGAUCACAUGUGGCACAGACUGUCAGUGCAUGUGAAGAGACAGGAAGCAGGUUCCAAUCAGAUGGCUGUCAUCAAACCCUUAACUAAUACCUACCAAAACACAGCCCUGGACUUCUCAGACCUCAGCACUAAGACUUUGUACAACGUGGCCGAGGAGGACGAGAGUGAGCCCGUCGCCUACAACCCCCCGGCCACGCCGCCCAUGAUGGCGCUCGGGCAAAUGCCCGCCUGCGCUCUGAUAAAGGACGCGUGCCAGGAGGUGGUGGAGCUUUAUUCCCCCGAGCACCUGCAGAACAGCAGCGUCAUCCUUCAGCACGUCCUCAUGGACCGCCUGCAGGACGAGGGCAAGCCCGGCCGCCGCCCGCCCCAGCCGGCGGCAGCCGCGAGCAGCGGCAUGCCCGUGUACCACCAGGCCCACCUCAUCCAGCAGGACCCGGUGCUGCCCAUGCACCUCGACCCGUUCGACGAGGAGCCCGGCUCCCCGUCGGACGGGGAGGAGGUGGAGAACGAGCAGCUGGGCCUCCUCCAGGGUUACCUGUGCGGCAGCGCUCGAAUCCGCGACGAGGACGAGCUGGUGGAGGCCAAGUUAGCCGUGGAGGAGCUGAUGCCUCCGUCCCCCUUCCGGGACCGCGCUGGCCCGCCGGCGAGCCCCUUCCCCGACUCGCCGGUGUCCGAAUCCAUUCUGUGCGCGCCUCCGAACGUGACGUACGCCUCGGUGAUCCUGAAAGACUCCAAGCAAAGCGCGUCAACUCUGUGAGAAGGAAAAAGGUCACUCGUUCUCACUCUACAGCCUCAUAGCUUUUACAUGAUUAGGGUGAAUUUAGACGUUGUUCACGAUACUAAAAGAAUUAUGCUGAUUAUAAUCAUAUAUAUUUCUAUGCUAACAUGACUUAUAGUUAAAUGUAUGUACAUUUGAGGGUUAGUGUCAUACGUUUGAUAAAUAUAGACGAUAUAAUAAACAGAUGAGUUUUGUUAUUUUAAAUGACCUUAUGGUGAAAAUAGUUUGUAGAGCAGCUCAGUUUGUUACACAUUGUGCGUUUUGUGAUUUAUUGGAAAAAGCAGAUGUUUAAAGGAACAGUUCGACAUCUUGAGCAGCACCAGCUGUUUUCUCAAAGUGAUUCACAGGCGAUGAGGUCUGCUGGAUGUCCAAGCGAAUUAAAAUGGAACCUUCUGAGAGUUUUUAACAGACAAACGUGAUUUCCUGUAGGAACACAUUUACACAUCUGUGAAACCUCUGCUCGGUGCACUGCUUCCAGCAACGUUCUCAGACGGCGUCAUCAAUGUAGCAGACAACGUUCAAGUGCCAUUUUCACUAAGAUUUUUUUUGUACAUUUGUCUAGAAAUUGUAAAACAUUCAAGUAGUUCCAGAUUUGUAUCUUUUAUAACUAAAUGUUUAAAAUCAUAGUUGUAUAGGUUUGUUUAAGAUACUGUAAACUGCAUACAUGUGUGCUGUGAAUGAAUGGAUUGUGAGUCAUAUUUUGGUAUUUGGAUAAUAUCUAGCCAUAUUACAGUGACUGUGUGUGCUUACGUAUAAUGUGUGAUUGGUUUUGUACACCGAUCCGAUUCCUAAGUAUUAUAUAACUGCCUACCUAAACCAUAUAAUGUGAUGAAGCGCUACUGAUGCUGUAUUCUUCUGGAUAAGCUACUUGCAGUCUGAUGUAGACGUAGUACUUGUUAAAGGAUAUUUACUGUAGAGUGUCUGACGGGGACCCAACUGCUUGGACUAAAGUCAUUAUUUUUCCUGCUUAGUCUGUGGUUUCUUUUUUGCCAAAGACGAAUGACUCUGGUUCAAAGGAAGGCGUUGAGACCAGGCCAUGGAGGGGACGAGUGGCCGUAGAUGUGAAUGUAAUUGGCCUCGACCAGAACUUUUGUGCAAAUAUCUGUGUUGUAACUCACAACUACUUGCUGUGGGCCUUAUAUCCUCCUAUAAUCUCCUUUUCCACAACCUGCUAAUUACCAUUGGAAAAUCAUUUGUAGGAACAAAUGUUGUUGAAACAUUAUCUGUUGGUUUGAAAUUGUAACAAGUGAAGCUGAAAUAUUUUUAUUCCGGAAAAAAAAGCUGUUGUUACUCUUGUUCUAUUACAUUAAAGCAACCAUCUGAUUUCA